GCAGUGUGAGGGAGGAGGAGAGCAAUUCUGAUGACGGAUACCGGAGGAAACUGGCUUCAAAAACACACACACUGCAGCUCGCGGUAUUAAGAGCGUAUUUUUGGGGGCCUGAUAUCGUCACGGUGCCACUGUGCUGGACUGAGGUAAAUAAUCAAAGAGUACGUGGUGUGAUUGGACGCCCAUACGAAGUGGAGUUGCUGUUACCACCCCAACACUGACUACGUUUGCAUGGACAGCAAACACAGAGCGAUUAACGGCUCACAUCAUUACGUCCCCACGCCACGCUGUCCGACAUCCCUCCAGAAUUUCACAUAUCGACAUACAGUUCGUCUUCGUUAUGCUGGUCAACCAGACAGGAUGUCGCUGCACAAACCUGCCCUCAGACGCAGCGCCUCUACAUUAGAGUCGACCAAUCGUGGCAGCCCUUUAGUGACCCCGCCCACAUCCCUCAAUCUCCGCGCUUCUCUCAAUCAACAACUGGGCCGUGACAUCACAAGGGGAGGAGUCUCUGUAGAGACACAGGGUUCUGCUGUUCCCCCAAAGAAUCGCCAAAAAUACGCUCUGACCAACUUGCAGAAUGCUAUGGGGCUGGAUGGAAGUCCUGCCCCUGGAAGGGUUAAACCUGUUCCCACGAAGUCUGCCUCUUCCUCUUCCCUAUGUUCUUUUUCUCUAUCGUUCUCUCCGUCCAACCCCAAACUGGCAAAAAAUGGCACCAAUCUGCAGCUAAAGGAGACAAAAUUCGACCUGAGUAGAAAAGACACAAACCGCAAUGACAUCACUGCUGAGUGCGGACAUGAUUGGCCAGAUGCCUUUGCCAAAAAUGACGAGAAGAACAUGCCCUUUAGACGAAGGACAAAAAGUUUUCUGGAAUAUCACCGUGAAGAAGAAGAAGAAGAAUCUCCAGCAAAAGAAAUCCAGACACCGGAUGAAGAGAAACCAUGCCUGCCCAAGUUGGAGCUCCAAAACUGGGCCAAAGAAAAUCGGGUGGAGGCUCAUCUAACGCUCCCUCAGAAUCACCUGCUGCUUCUGGCCAAUGAAGAAGAGGAAGAGCACCAGAGCCCUGCACACACUCACCUGAGCCCCGCCCACACUCCGGUGAAGGAGGACAGAGGCAAAGAUGGCGGGAUGAAGGCUAUGUCAAAACCACAUUUUGCAGGAGAAAGAAAAGAGACUCCACCCACUUCCCUGCCUUUAGCAAGGUCUCUGGUCCCACCUAAUUCUCUGCCCAUGGCCCCACUCAUUGUGGCACAACGAAAAGACAAGCAAAUGGAGGAGGAUGAAGAGGAGGAGGAUGACGAUUCAAGUUGGACAACUCUGUCUCAGGAGAGUCCAUCUACAGAGACACCACAGGAAACAGUUGCAGGUCCGUGCAGUGACUCAGCGCUGCCCCCUGUGUGGCAGAAGGAGGAUGAUGUGGUGUCUGAUGUUUAUCUCUGGCACAGCAAUGUGCAGCAGGACCGACCCAUAACCGAUAGCAAACAGAACCAGGAAGGUGGGGCAAGCUCGUUGUGUGUGCCCUCAUCUAAGACUCAGUGUGAGAGGCCUAGUAGUAUUGUGUCAGACAGUUCUGUGGAGCCUGUGCCUUCAUCUGCUGCUUCUUCACCCUCCUCAUCCUCACUCUGCUAUGAAGCGACCACAGGCACCUUUCUCAACAACAACUACCUGGACCUGAAGGAGACCGCCGCCCCUCCCGACUCCAGACAGAGUGAAAGUGGGAGAGGAGAGGAGCGGCGAAAGCAAGAGUGUGCUGGGGCUCGCUGCAUGCCAUACAGCUACGUAAACCUGAGAUACACCAGAGCUAAAGUUCCGGCUCCUCCUGCUGAUACAGUGAUCCCCAUCAAUGACUUUGAGACACACGUGUUUCGAGUGCGCUCUCUCGGCUGGAUGGAAGUGUGUGAGGCUGACAUGGCGUCCGGCAGCAUUGUGAUCAGCGACUGCAUCCGACUCCUCCAGCACUCGAACACGUACUCUUCCACACACUCACUGCGCCGGAGAGAAAGAGAGAGCGCUGGGGAAAUGGAGGAGGGAAAAGCGAUGCUGUUAAUGCUACAGGACUCCACUCUGACCCUGAUCGACCCUGUAGACCACACCCUCCUCCACUCUCAGCCAAUCUGCAGCAUCCGUGUGUGGGGAGUCGGGCGGGGCCACAGCAGGGAUUUUGCAUACGUGGCUCGGGAUAAAAACACACAUGUGCUGAAAUGUCACGUGUUCCAGUGUGACAGUCCUGCAGAAGCCAUCGCUGCCAGCCUGAACCAGAUCUGCUCCAGGAUUAUGGCGGAGAAGAAGAACGGUAAAACGGCGAGCGGCUCAUCUCUGACCAGCAUCGACGUCCCACUACAAGUAGACUUUCCCACACCAAAGACCGAACUACAGCAGAGCUUCCAUGUUCUGUACCUGGGAAUGACCUCUGUGUCUCGUCCCAUAGGGAUGGACAUUAUAAAUGGAGCGAUUGACAGUCUGCUGUCCUCCACGGGGAAGGAUGACUGGACCGCAGUGCUGCUGAAUGUGGAAGAUGCAACAGUCAGCGUUAUCAAAGAGAAGGAGGAGGAGGAGGAAGUGCUGGUGGAGUGUCGCGUGCGUUUCCUGUCGUUUAUGGGCGUCGGCCAUGACGUGCACACGUUCGCCUUCAUCAUGGACACGGGCAACCAGCACUUCCAGUGUCAUGUGUUCUGGUGUGAGCCCAACGCAGGGAGCGUGUCCGAAGCUGUGCAGUCUGCCUGCGUGCUGCGCUAUCAGAAAUGCCUGGUCUCUCACUCUUCCUCUCAGAAGCCCUCCACCUGUUCCUCUCCAUCUUCUUCGGACUCCGUGACCCGCCGCGUAACUACCAGUGUGAAGCGCGGCGUCCAGUCCAUCAUAGACACUCUGAAAAAGAAGCCCGCCCCUGAGCUGCCCCACCAAUGACGGUGCAGCUCGACUACGAUCACCGGCAGGACAUGUAAAUAAAAACAAUUAGCUCUGUACGGCCAAGGAGAAACAAACGAUCCAAAACCAGGAAAGUGCAAAUGAAGAGAUGAAUGAAGUGAUGUGAAGAUGAAGAGAUGAAUUAUGGGUGAAGCUUCACCUGUAGCUCUUUGAACUUUGACCGUCUCUAGGCGCUCCCUGAAGCAUGCCUUGGACAAAACACACACAAUUACACUCAUUUUUAAGCCAACAGACACACAACCACAAUGUGUUUGAGCUGUGUAUUACUCUGGUACCAUCAUGUUGAUGUCAGUGAAGACACACUUUUUUCAUGUCUGAUGUCAUAAUCACAUUACACCAUUGUGGUGCACCGUUACACCAUUGCGGUUGUUCUGAAAGUCUCGGUGUGUUAACGCGAGCCUCGAUACAAAACAACGCUGUAAUUUACGCUGUAAUUUCCGUUUAAUAAUAUGAAACCUAACGUGGUUAUGUGGGUGAAAUGUUGAGUCCGCCAGGUUCCGUUAGAGAACCGCUUGCACAUGAUUAAAGUAUCCUAUUUUUGGGGCUAUAAGUUGUUUCUUGGUGUCAGACCCACUCUUCCCCAACAACCCCCUAAAAUUCUCCCUUGAGAAACACAUUAAUGUAGCACGUGAUUUAAAAAAAAAAAAAUUAUAUCCGUCUUAUAAACUGAACUUCUUUAAGAGCCCCCUACUGGUAAAGUCUGGUGUAGUGUUUGUCCCGUUAGUGUUGCCAUAGUUCAGUAUUGUUUCCUGAGCUGAAAAUUUUGAUACAGUCGAUUUGAUUUGGUACGUGUCUUACAGUAAUUGCAAGAUGACACACUGAGAAAUUAGCUAAACGACGUUUUGUUAGUAGACGGUAAGCUACAUUUUUCACCUGCUCUACACUAAUGGUGACGUGGUUUGUAAAUUGGAGAUUACGGAUGUAUAGAGCUGAAAUCCUUUGACCACGGAAGAAACUCUGAAUUUCCCAAAUUCAGACAUUACCAUGCCAUUAAUUAUUCUACAAGAACAUCCUUUCCAGUAAGUCCUCAUGUAGCGUCUCUAUGGGAUUUUCAAUGUGACGUUAGUGUAAAAGUAACAUACCUUUCUACGAACUUGUGUGUAACCACUACUGUACACCUAACAACUAAGCUAAGCAGCAAGGGGCAACUAAGCUAAUGUAAAAAUGAUAAACGUUACUUUACAGUGUAACCUUUUGUUUAAGGUUUGUAUCGUAUGGGCGUGUAGCGACUUGUGGGUGUGGCAUGUCCAGCUGUUUUUAAAGUCUGAUUGAAAAGAAAUGUUAAAAAUACUAUAUAUAACCUACUGCGGAAGUCAUUCACUGUUAUUUUUGUUUAAAAUGUCUUAAUAUUAUAAUAAAACCUGAGGCAAGAUUAAGCUGCGGUUACCAUUUUUCCCAAUUUCGGCACCACCGAGGAUUGGUCUGCAGAUUUUACCAGCGCUAAUUAUGUACUGUAUCACAACCAACUUGUGUAAAAUGGAAAUUUUUUCUAAUCAAAACUCACUGCAACCAAGGCUCAGUGUGGCAGGCAUACAUGGGCAACAAAUGCUUGACUCUCAACUUUGUCGACAUGAAUGAAAAAGGACAAAGAAAAGUGUCUCACAUUCUGGAAAAUACAGAAAGCAAAGUGUAACUCACCUGUGUCCUUCACUCACCAUAUUAAUGUUCAUAAUGUCCCUGUGCUAAUAAAGGCGUUUCAAAAACA